AUGCAUUCUGUCUUGAACUGCACCAUUGCAUCUUAUCUCACGAAGGGAAUUUCAAGAGGGAUUGGGCUGGCUCUGGUCCGUCUUCUGGCUUCCAAGCCCAGUACAGAGGUGGCAGUGGUCUUCGCAGCCGCACGAACACAGGCUGAUGCAUUGACACGAUUGGUUGCGCAGUUUUCUGGGCGCGUUUCUCAGGUUGAGAUGGAUGUUACCGAAAACCGAAACAUGGGGUCGGCAGCCGCGACCGUCGAGAAGGUCUUGGCUGGUCGGGGACUCGACACGAUGACCGACUUGGACUCCACCUUUCGCACCAAUGUGACCGGCGCUCAUAUGGUCACGAGUGCCUUCUUGGAAUUAUUAGAACAUGGUACUUUGGAGGCGAUCAACGUCGCUAAUGUGAGACCUCAGAUCCUCCACCUUUGGUUCCAUCGCCAGGGCGUCGAGGUCUGUCCGUGCCGCAAGAUCACCAAGGCGGCCCUCAGCAUGUUGACCGUACAAUAUGUCCAGUCUUUUGCCAGAGAGGGUUUCAUCUUCAUGAUCAUCUCGUCUAGUUGGGUAAAAGCAGAUUUUGGAAGCGACAAUGCCAAAUUGACGCCCCAGCAGAGCGCCACCGCCGUAUUCGAUCUCAUUUCUUCUGCGACAAGCACUCACAACAGCAAGUUCUAUCAUAUCUAUGUGAAUGGGCUGGGCUUUCACGACGGUGCAGAGGUGCCAUGGUAG